AUGGCUCCUUCGACAUGGCCCUGCGAUGCUGCCAUGCCCGACGAGGAUGGCUGGCCGGAGGCAAAGCUAUCGAUCCAUGCUGCCAGAACUGCGCCCGGUCUCGUGGAGGAACCUGACGAGCUCCGACGAUUCUUGUCACUCCGUCGGCUGCUGCGUGUGACCGCCUGGUGUCGUAGAUGGCUUCUCCGCGGACCUGCCGACGGGCCCGAGGUGACGGUGAACGAACUGGAGGAGGCCAGGCUGAUCUGGAUCCGGCAAGUCCAGGCUGGAUAUUACAGGGGCGACUUACGAGCUCUUCAGCAACACCAACCUCUACCCUCUUCCAGUUCACUUUUACGAUUAUAUCCAUUUUUAGAUUCUCAAGGCCUUUUGCGCGUGGGUGACCGAAUUAAGCACUCUCUCCUGGCGUACGAUAAGCAACAUCCGGUCAUUCUCCCAGGCGAUUCUCACCUGACACGUCUGGUAGUGGAGACUAGCCACCGCUGUUCUCUGCACGGCGGGGUCCAGAUGACUCUUGGAGCGAUCCGACAGCGCUACUGGAUCCCGUGCGGAAGAGCCGUUGUCAAGCUGUGGUUGCGUCGUUGCGUUACCUGCGUGCGGUGGUGGGCGGCCAUUCCGCAGCAGCUGAUGGGGAGUCUGCCGCGGGAUCGAGUCACUCCCGCGCGGCCUUUCUUCAACACGGGCGUGGACUACGCCGGGCCCAUUCAGCUGCGGACUAGUAGGGGACGUGGCCAGCGCUCGUACAAGGCAUAUAUCGCCGUGUUUGUUUGCCUGACUACUCAAGCGGUCCAUCUCGAGGCGGUGUCGGACUACACCACCGACGCAUUCCUGGCCGCUUUGCGUCGGUUUGUAUCCCGUCGCGGUCUUUGCCACACGAUCCGAAGUGACUGCGAGACGAACUUCGUCGGCGCCGACGCCCAGUUGCGAGCCUUCUUUACCGAGGGCAGCCAGGAGCUACGCCGGAUCGUCGGACAACUGGCAACGGAGCAGAUUCAGUGGAGGUUCAAUCCUCCCUCGGCACCGCACUUCGGCCGUAUUUGGAAGGCCGCGGUAAAGUCAUUGAAGCACCACCUGUGGCGAGUCCUGGGUGACUCCACCUUGACCUUCGAGGAGAUGAACACCCUCCUCGCUCAGGUAGAAGCGUGCCUAAAUUCUCGCCCGCUCCAGGCGUUGUCCGACGAUCCCGAGGACUUGUCGGCCUUGACUCCCGGCCACUUCCUGGUGGGGGGACCGAUGACGGCCGUGCCUGAGCCAUCACUGACAGAGUUGCCUGCCAACCGUCUGACCCGUUGGCAGUUUCUGCAGCAGAUGCGCGAUCACUUCUAGGAGCGCUGGUCCCGCGAGUACCUC